GCAGGCUAGAAAUUUGGCGAACAGCCAUCAAAAUACUGGGCCCGAAUCGCGGUAGUCGUGAACGAGCGACCAUUCGAGUCGAGCAAAAUUUCGUGACGUGUAGAAUGACCGGAUCGCCGCAGUCGAAACCUAACGAAUCGAAAUUAUUUAGUUCCAAACUUGCCUUCCACUUGUGGAUGACGAAAAAGAAAUGUCAACACAAAGCAAAAGAAUCAAAACGAAAUUACAUUUAUCUGUGAUGCGUUAUAUUUAAAGAAAACUUUACUAAAAAAUUAUAUUUGCAUCAAUAAGGAUGGAUCCCGUAGUAUUUUUUUAUUUAACUUCUUCGGAGUCAGAAGAUGAAAGCAACUGCGCAGCCGCAAGGAGACAGAUGCGUGAAAGAAGCAAUCCUAUGGCUUUGUCGG